GCCUGGAAGGUCCGGGUUCCGGGUCCGGAUUCGGUCCUAGUUUGGGUCCUGCAUAGCUAUGGUAUGUACUGUGGAGUUGUUGUUGCCACCAGAGGUUUACUGAGGAGGAGCAGGAGGAGAAGAAGAAGAAGAAGAAGCAGCAGCAGAAGCAGCAGCAGAAGCAGAAGCAGAAGCAGAAGCAGAAGCAGAAGCAGCAGCAGCAGAAGCAGCAGAAGCAGAAGCAGAAGCAGCGGCAGCAGCAGCAGAAGCAGAGGCAGAAGCAGCAGCAGACGCAGAAGCGCAGCAGCAGAAGCAGAAGCAGAAGCAGAAGCAGCAGCAGCAGCAAAAGAAGAAGAAGAAGAAGAAGAAGAAGAAGAAGCAGAAGCAGCAGAAGAAGAAGAAGCAGCAGCAGAAGAAGAAGAAGAAGCAGCAGCAGCAGAAGAAGAAGAAGAAGCAGCAGCAAAAGAAGAAGAAGAAGAAGAAGAAGAAGAAGAAGAAGAAGAAGAAGAAGAAGAAGAAGAAGAAGAAGCAGCAGCAAAAGAAGAAGAACAAGAAGAACAAGAAGAACAAGAAGAACAAGAAGCAGAAGCAGCAGCAGCAGAAGAAGAAGCAGAAGCAGCGGCAGUGGCAGCGAAAGAAGAAGCAGAAGCAGCAGCAGCAGAAGCAGAAGCAGAAGCAGCAGCAGCAGCACCAGCAGAAGAAGAAGAAGAAGAAGCAGCAGAAGCAGCAGCAGCGUAAGAAGAAGCAGAAGAAGAAGAAGAAGCAAAAGCAGAAGCAGCGGCAGAAGAAGCAGCAAAAGAAGCAGAAGAAGCAAAAGAAGCAGCAGAAGAAGAAGCAGAAGAAGCAAGAAGAAGCAAGAAGAAGCAGCAGCAGCAGCAGAAGCAGCAGACGCAAGAAGCAGCAGCAGCAGCAGAAGCAGCAGAAGCAGCAGAAGCAAGACGCAGCAGCAGAAGAAGAAGCAGCAAAAGCAGCAGCAGCAGAAGAAGAAGAAGUAGAAGCAGCAGCAGCAGCAGCAGCAGCAGCAGAAGAAGAAGAAGAAGAAGAAGAAGAAGAAGGAGCAGAAGAAGAAGAAGAAGAAGAAGAAGCAGAAGCAGAAGCAGAAGCAGAAGCAGCAGAAGAAGAAGAAGAAGAAGAAGAAGAAGAAGGAGCAGAAGAAGAAGAAGAAGAAGAAGAAGCAGAAGCAGAAGCAGAAAAAGCAGCAGCAGCAGAAGAAGAAGAAGCAGAAGAAGAAGAAGAAGAAGAAGAAGAAGAAGCAGAAGCAGAAGCAGAAGCAGCAACAGCAACAACAAAAGAAGAAGAAGAAGAAGAAGAAAAAGAAGCAGAAGCAGAGGAAGAAGCAUAAGUAGAAGCAGAAGCAGAAGCAAUAAAAGCAGAUGCAGAAG